AUGGGAGUGAACAAUGGCUCAGCUCUGCUGGUAGAAGAACAGGAAACAUCCACAGAUAGAAGCUGUGUGAGUCAUUACAGACAGCUGGCUCAUUACUUCUCUCUGCUCUGCUUCCUCCUCAUCAUCGUCACUCUGCUGCUGACUCUCUGCUUGCUUCAGCUCACCUUGGUAUUCCAGACUCAGUCGACCUUGCAGGACAGCAAACUCAGAGAUCUGACAGACAAACUGGAGAAGCUGAACCAGUCGUAUCGCCUCCUGUUUGACCAGUAUCCAGCUCUGAACCAGUACUGCCCGGUCAGCAACACAUCCACAGGGGGUUGGAUACCUCAGGGACAGAAAUGUUUCCUGUUCAGUCAGGACAGAGCCGACUGGAUCAGCAGUCAGUACCGCUGCAUGACACUGGGGGGCGCUGUGGUCAUAGUCAGGACAGAGGAGGAGCAGGUGUUUCUGUGGAAAAAGGCCCAGAGUCUGAGCCAGGGGGACUCGUACUGGCUGGGUCUGAGGAGCAGCGGAGGUGGAUUGGGCUGGAGGUGGAGUGAUGGCACAGAGCUGGAGGAGGGACCCCAGUUUUGGGCACAUGCACCUGAUGAAGCAGACAACAGGGAGCUCUGUGGUCGACUCACACCAGGGGGCAACUACAAGAUGGGCUGGUUCAUCUCCAGAUGCUCCAGUCAUCUGAAAAGCAUCUGUGAGAGGAAACAAGCUAGUUUACAGUGA